AGUGCGUUGGCAGGCUAAUCUCUCACUCCCCUCUCUCUUUUUCUGUCGUUCACCGUUUUACAGCGGACCAAGGCAGCUCAGUAUCGGGACGCAAUCUGGAACACACAAAGGGAGACAUUGUUAUAGAGCUUGGAGAAAACAAGGCAAAUGACCAACACAAUCUUGUUUGUGCAACUUUUCAUUGGAUUUCUUCUCAGUGUGGCAGAUCCCAACUGUCCCAUAACAUUGAAUCCAUCUAGGGUCAUAGCGAAAAAUGGAGACCCGGUAUCCAUCAACUGUACAGCAGAUGAAGAGCAUGAGGGGAUGGGGUGGGAAUCACCACAAGAUGGCAUAGCAAUGAUGAUGGUCAACCAUUUGACAUGGAGUGUGGGAACCACAAACCCAAACACGAAGGCUAUGUGCUUCAUCAACCCAGUGUCUCAGGAACAGUGCGGAAAAACUGCUGACAUUGUUCUGUACGGUUACCCAGAAACAAUCCAAAUCACCUCCAAUAGCAGUGAUGGUAUCAUGAAAGAAGGGGAGGACUAUUACCUGAUAUGUGAUGUACAUGAUGUAUAUCCUGCUGCAAAUCGAUCAGUGGUGUGGUACAAAAACAGUGAGACAUUCAGCAACUCCUCCUAUAAGCUAUAUUUUAGACCAACCAGACAUGUCAACAGAGCAGAGAUCAGAUGUGAAGCUCAUUUGGAUCUCAGGCCAGAAGGACCAUAUAUCAAUGUAUCAUCACAAAUAUUCAAAAUAAAUGUCACAUUUGGUCCAGAAAUGGAUUGUUCUGGUCACGUGACAAUAGCAGAAGGUGAGACACUGGAUAAUAAAUGCCCUGUACGUGGAAACCCCACCCCUCAUGUCAUGUGGUUUAAAAAUGGACAGCAGAUAAACUCAAGAAAACCCCUAAUGAGGGAGGAUGCUGGCACUUACGUUGCCAGUAUGUCAGGACUUUAUGUCACCAUCAGUGUUGGUGUAUCAUAUGGACCUGAACUGAGUUGUCCACGCUAUUUUACUGUGGUUGAGCAUACCACUAUUAUUCUCAAUUGCACAGUUAGAGGCUAUCCUUUACCUAAAGUUGCUUUAUACCAAGAUGGAGAAGAGGUGCAUUUAGAAACUAUAACAAGAACAGAUGCAGGAAAUUACACACUUGUUGCCUCAACAGAAAAUGAAAAUGCCACGCAAACAUUUGAGGUCAUUGUUUAUUAUCCCCCAUCACAGAUUUUUGAGCUAGAAGGCUCAAGUUUUACUUUAGGUUCUUCUGUAUAUCUGAAGUGCUAUGCCAGAGGAAACCCAAGACCAAAGUACUCCUGGAUUUAUUACAAUAUUUCAAAUGUCGCAGAGAGAAAUUUUGAUGGGGUGUCGAUUUUGGAGAUUCAAAAUGCCACAACUUUCAACAUAGGCAACUACACUUGCCUUGCAUCAAAUGAGUAUGGAAAUGUGUCUAAAAAAGCAAGUCUCACCGUGAAAGGUGUCAAGAAAGAAUGUCCUCUUCAAAUAAAGCCGGAGAGGAUGGUGUUGGAAUAUAACAGCGAGAGAAAGAGUGCUACAUGCAGAACUAUUUCACCUACAAACAGCAACGAAAUCUACUGGCUGGAAAAGGGUGGAAAUAAUACCAGCAGUAAAGAAUGGGUCGCUGAUACACGUAACUGGACUGCAAGCCCUGUUUGUGAAGGGACAUUUAAUGGAAUAGGAACAUGCAGGAAAAAACUAGACUUCAUUCUUUACAAAAAACCGGACAAUGUUUCCAUCAGGAUUGAAGGAGGCAAUGCCAUAGUAAUGGAGAAAGAGCUCUAUACUCUGGUUUGUGAAGUCACAAGUGUUGCUCCUGCAAAGAGCGUUAUGGUGAACUGGUUUAAAGGGAAUGAAUCCUUCACACCACCAAAUGGAGUUCAUGUCAUCUGCGCCAACAAUUGUAAUAUUGACGAGACCAAGGAGAGUGUGCAGAUGUGGUUUAAAACAAACAUCACUGGAAACAGAACACAAAAUGGAGUGGAGUUCUCAUGUGGCGCUGUUUUGAAAUUACCUGGAAUACAAGAAGACAUACCUUUACCAGUGUCCAAACCGCUCAUUGCCACUGUCCACUAUAAGCCCAGCAUUAACACUACGAAGCUUUCACACAUUGUCCCAGUGUUUAGUGGUUAUGCUGAAGACCUAAAAUGUGAAGCUGAUGGAAACCCACGUCCAGAAAUCACAUGGACUGCUGAUGUAGAUCUAUCACCCAACCAGACCGGUGGUCUCAUCUCUGUGACCAAAAAGGGAAAAUACGUGUGCAAAGCAAAGAAUACUUAUGGAUUUGCCACUCAUCUAGUUGAAGUAAUUGAAAAAGUGGACUACCUGCCACUGAUAGCUGGAUUUGUAGCAGUCACUGUAGUGAUCAUCUCCAUUAUCUUUGUCUUCAUCUACUCCAUAUACUACAAGAACACCAAGAUGCGGCGCUACAAUUUAAAAAAUCCUAAACUUAGUGCCCACAAUGGUAACGUAGCUAACAAUGGAUGGGAUCUGCCAUUGCCAAUGACCAAACUAUAGCAUUUUAUUAGUGUGUUAUUUUUGAAGACUGAAGCUGACCACCCAAAUCGAACUGCCUUAGAACAAUUUCUUCCAUUUUUCAAACAUCACAUAGUACAAUGGAAAUGAUUUAACACAGUGCAAAUUAAAAUGAAAACCAAGUGCCAGUACCAAACUUUGUAGGUUACAUUUAGUGUAGAUCCCUGAGAUAAUUCUGUUAACAUUACAUACCAAAAUAACAAUAAUUUCUUUCAUUUUAUGUUAUAUCGGCUUUAACUGCCUUAUGGCACAGUGGAAAGACAAGAUCCCCUUGGUCUGACAUCUGUAUCAUUGCACAAUGAGGACUUUGGUAGAGACCUGCCUUACCCACCAACUUGGGCUUUUGCACUGUAUCGUUUAUUUGAAAUAAUGUUUUUUUUAAACAACUUUUUAACUACUGCAUUUUACCAGCUCACUGAAUAGUAAAAAUAUAGCACAACAGGAAAUUGGGCAUAGUUGUCAGGCAAAUCAUGCUCUGUUGCAAGCUACAUUUUAACAUUUAUUGUAUGCCAAUGUUUACCAGGAUCAAAGUCUUGAUUUCAACAUCUUAAAACUACCAUGGAUGACAGAGAAUAUUUCAGGCACAGGGUAAUAAGAUGAUUGUUACUAUACUAUCUGUCACAAAAUUCUGACUUUAAUGUUUUUUCUCCCAUGAAGGCAUUCAUAACCUUAACAUUUUAAAAGCCAGAACAUGAAUAAUGCUGUGUUUGAAACAAGAUCUUAAUCAAAAACUACUGUAUUUUUAGUCAUAUUUAAGUGGGGUUUUUUUCCGUGUUAUUCUGUGAAAGUGAAUGUGUGAAAGAUCUCACUUAUAGUAUUUUGUGUUGUGUGUUUUGUAUUGUUUUUUCCAUUGAGCACAUUGUAUUGUAACCCUUGUUUAGUCAAAGUGCACUUUUUCUAUUGUCAAGUCCCUUUGUCUUACCACACUUUUGUGUUAAUCAACUUUUGAUUGUAUAUUUCUUUUUUUUUCUAAUUUGUUUUUAUACUAUGAAUAAUGUAAAGUAUUUAUUUAUUAUUUAUAUUAAAUGGUAAUAGUGAGAUGAAAGAGACAAAAGGACUGCAAAGGAUUGAAAAAACUGGAGUAACAUGCAGAAAAUGUGUGUUAAUGUUGUAAAUAAAUAUUUUAGAUUGUAAAUACAUGUUUAUAUUAAA